GAAAGAAAAAGCGCAAGAGAAAGGGAAAGGGAAAAUGGAAGGGAAAGAGGGAGAGAAAGAAGAAGCGCAAGCGAAAGGGAAAGGGAAAGAGAAAGCGCAAGAGAAAGGGAAAGAGAACGAGCAAGAGAAAGGGAAAGAGGAAUGGAAAGACGAAGAGAAAGAAAUGGACUUUGUUACGGAUUUCUUCAUCCCUAAGGAUAGCACUGCAAUCUUGCACUUAGCGGUAGAGCAUGGAGUAUUUGAACUUGUAGAAAAGUGUCUAAAAGCUUUUCCUGAUCUAAUUUGGUAUGCAGACAAACCCCCCAAAAGUGUGCCGUCGCGUCAUGCUCAUUAUACAAGCGAAGUCGUAGGACGUUUGUUGUGGAAUGAUACUACUCAACAUGAACAUGCAAGCACAUCCACCGCAAAAAUGUAUCAUCAUGGUACUGAAUAUGCAAACACAACCUCUGGACAUUGGGAGUGGCAUGAGGGUCAAUGUGCCGACACAGCCACCCGCACCGGACGUUUGUUGUUGCAUGUAGCUAUUGAGCAUCGCCGAGUGGAGAUAUUUAAUUACUUGAUUACUUUGAUUGGAAAAAAUACUAAGGCGUAUGCUGAUUUAAAACUUGAAGGGAAUAACAAUUCUCUUCAUUUGGCAGCAAAUUUGGCUCCUACACCUCAACUCCAAUCUGUCCAAGGUCCCGCAUUUCAGAUGCAGCGAGAAUUACAAUGGUUUAAGGCUGUGGAAGAAUUAGUUUAUGAUGAGUUAAAGACGGAAAAGAACUCAAACGACAAAACACCUCGAGAAUUAUUCUUCAAUGAGCACAAAGAUUUGCUAAAGGAUGCAAAGGAAUGGAUGAAGGACACAUCACAUUCGUGCAUGGUGGUAGCUGCUCUGGUCGCAACAGUUGCAUUUGCUGCUAUGAUCCAGGUACCGGGUGGCACUAAUAAUAAAACGGGCUUCCCUGUGCUGGCAGGGAAAAAACUUUUCGUGGCAUUUUCCGUAUCAAACGCAUUGUCCAUGGUAUCCUCCGCUGUUUCUCUGGUCAUGUUUAUCUCAAUUCAAACAUCUAGACAUACAGAAGGGGAUUUUCUGGAUUCACUUCCCAAGAAAUUGCUUCGAGGUCUACUUUCCUUGUCCAUUGCUAUAGCCACAAUGAUGAUAUCUUUUGGUUCAGCAAUUGAAUUGUCACUUCAGAAGAUUAUCAAGUGGAGUUACAUUUCCAUCACAAUCAUUGCUUGUGUCCCUGUUAUCCUUUUCUUCUGGUUGCAGCUUCCUUUGCUUUUGCGAGCGAUCAGAGUCGAGUGUGGACCUGGCAUUUUUCAGGGACAAAGGGAUCGCAAGCUUUGGCGCCUCAAGAAAAUUGGCUGCCGUCCAUUGGCAUGUGACAGGGUAUGACCUCAUUCCACAGAGUUGUCUGCAUGAUUACAUUGUAUUUCUUUUACCUUUUAAAAUUUAGUUUCACUUUGCGAGUUUCUUGUUUACGUGCACAUGUCUUGUAAUAAAAUACCUACGAUUGGUAUUCACUCCCCGUAAAAUAUGCAAUAGAGUGUGCGCCAUAUAUAUAUAUUUAAUGUAAUUGAUUCCUAGGUAAUCCAUGUGUGCUUAAACAUAGUACAACUAUUAUAUAUGUUUGCCACUAAUAUGAUAGUUUCAAUAUGUAUCCUUUUAGGUGGUUGUUUAAUAAAUUUUAGAUAUAGGUACUUGACAUUCAAAAAAA